AUUUAGCAGAGUCCCCUUUAUCCUGCGCCAUCGUAACAGAGGCCGACAAAAAUCUAUAACCAAUGCAUCUGCUACAUCGAGUCGGAUUUGUUCUCUGUCUCUAACUUAAGAAUUGAGAGAGAGAGAGAGAAUUGGGACGAGGAAUAGCAUUGUUAGAGAAGGAUGGCAACAGAUGAUCAGGAGAUUCCUGAAGGAUCGGUCCAGAACAUACUAGACCAAGAUAGCCUCAAGUGGGUCUUCGUCGGAGGCAAAGGUGGUGUCGGCAAAACCACUUGCAGUUCGAUUCUCUCGAUCCUUUUGGCUAGAGUCAGAUCCUCUGUCUUGAUCAUAUCAACUGACCCAGCUCACAAUCUUAGCGAUGCGUUUCAACAGCGAUUCACCAAGAACCCCACUUUGGUUAAUGGCUUCACCAAUUUAUACGCUAUGGAAGUCGAUCCUAAUGUUGACAACGAUGAGAUAGGCGGAAAUGAUGGAAUGGACAGUGUGUUUUCUGAGCUAGCGAAUGCAAUUCCUGGAAUUGAUGAGGCUAUGAGCUUUGCCGAAAUGUUGAAAUUGGUGCAAACAAUGGAUUACUCUGUUAUUGUGUUUGAUACGGCUCCAACUGGUCAUACACUGCGGCUAUUACAAUUUCCAUCAACUUUAGAGAAGGGGCUUCAAAAAAUGAUGUCUUUGAAAAGUAAAUUUGGUGGGUUAUUGAGUCAGAUGACCCGAAUGUUUGGUAUUGAUGAUGAAUUUGGUGAAGAUGCACUUUUGGGGAGGCUUGAGGGCAUGAAAGAUGUGAUUGAACAAGUGAAUAGGCAAUUCAAAGACCCGGAUUUGACAACCUUUAUCUGUGUUUGCAUCCCGGAAUUUCUCUCGCUGUAUGAAACAGAGAGACUGGUGCAGGAACUUACCAAAUUUGAGAUAGAUACACAUAAUAUUAUCAUCAACCAAGUACUUUAUGAUGAAGAAGAUGUUGAAUCCAAAUUGCUUAAAGCAAGAAUGCGGAUGCAACAAAAGUACCUUGAUCAGUUCUACAUGCUGUAUGAUGACUUUCACAUCACCAAGUUGCGAUUGUUGCCAGAAGAGGUUACUGGGGUUGAAGCUCUGAAAGAUUUCUCAAGUCAUUUUGUGACACCAUAUCAGCCUUCCACCAGUCGGGACACAGUGGAAGAGUUGGAACGGAAAAUAGAGACCCUGAGGCGACAAUUGACAGAUGCUGAAGAAGAACUAGAAAAACUUCGGAAAGGAAAGCAGACGGAGUAACUGUGUCCCUUCGCCCAUUCUUCCUGAGAUCACAAUUAAAUGGCAUCCACUGACUUCAACUGCCAAGAGAAGUGGAUCCUUUAUUGCUCUUCUGAAUGAUCUCUCGGGUAGAUUGAUCAAUCUAUGAAAUUCUUUUUUUGUGGUAGAUUAAUCUAAUUAUGAAUUUGUUUAUAUUUUUCACUUCACAAUAAUUUCCAUUUUUUAUUGGUAAGAGUGUAUUACACUCGGCCGCAUAUAGGCCUUUAUUUUUGUAUUAUUUAGACCAUCAAAGGGUCAUUUUCUUA